AUCGAGUAGAAUGAAUGUACGUAUUCCGAGUCUUUACCCCCUCUCCUCCUCUUCCACCCAAAACCCUAAUUUCCUCUCCAGGGGUGCCGCCUGUCCGAAAACCAUAAAAGGAGAAGCUUUUUCUACUGGAUUUUUCUUAGUUUGAUUUCUUUUUGGGAAGGCUUUCGCGUGGUGGAGAUGGCGAAGAAGAAGGAGAAGAAGGUUAAUGUCUCAGGGAAGCCGAAGCACUCUCUGGACGUAAACCGCAGCAAUGGAGGGGAUACCAAAGGUGGUCGGACGGCCGCCACGGUGCGACGGCUCAAGAUGUACAACACCCGGCCCAAGAGGGAUCAGAAGGGGAAGAUCUUGAAGCACGAGCUCCAGUCCAAGGAGCUUCCUAAUACCCGGAUCGAGCCCGACCGCCGAUGGUUCGGUAACACACGGGUUGUGAAUCAGAAAGAACUUGAAUUUUUCCGUGAGGAGCUUCAAAACCGACUUUCUAAUAACUACAAUGUCAUACUGAAGGAGAGGAAAUUGCCAUUGUCCCUUUUAAAUGACCAUCAAAAGGUAAGAACUUAUUUAUACUGCCCUUUUAUGCAUACAUUUAAACUUUGACAUAAACCACAACCUUAUCUGUCUAAGUUGGUUGAUCUU